CCACGGAAGAGCGCCAGCAAAAUGGUAUACUAUUUUACUUCCAAGGUGGUUCAUCCCUCCGCUUUCAUAUACGUCGGCAAAGACAAGUACGAAAAUGAGGAUUUGAUAAAGCAUGGGCUGGAUAAGGACGUCUGGUUCCAUGUCGAUAACUUGUCUAGCGCUCACAUUUAUCUACGCCUUCGCGACGGUGAAACUUGGGAUAACAUUCCCCAGAAACUUGUGGAUGACUGCGCACAACUGACAAAAGCGAAUUCUAUCGAGGGAAACAAAAAGGAUAACAUCACCAUCAUCUAUACACCAUGGGCGAACCUCUAUAAAGACGGAUCCAUGGAAAGCGGUCAGGUAUCUUUCCACAACCCUAAGCGGGUUCGUAAGGUUUUCGUCAAGGAACGAGAAAAUGCGAUCGUCAAUCGACUCAACAAGACCCGCGUCGAAAAGUUCCCCGACCUCCGCGCCGAGAAGGAAGAAUACAUGAAAAUAAAACGGAAAGAGGAGCGCAAAGACAGAGAAGAACAAAAAGCCAGGGAAAAGCAGGAGAGGAGGGAACACGAGCAAUUAAAGUGGCAAAAGGACCAUGCGUACGAUGACCUGAUGACUGAGGAGAACAUGGAGGCCAGUUGCAAUCAUGAUCGCGAUCCCGAUUUCCUUGACGACUUUAUGUAAUUUCGAUUUACAAUUCAUACCAAAAGCAUCAUCAUUGUUAUAACUCAGGAAAAGAGAUAGGAAGGCGGUUAGUAUAUCAGGAGUGGGAUAUCUCUAGGAUCAGUAUCAUCUUAUAGUUGAUGAGAAAACUUAAUAAAGUCAUGGACAUGAACGUUGGCUCUUAGUCCAAUGGGCC